AUGAGGGAGACCUGCCAAGAGAUUCGACAAGCCGAGAUCGCCAAAAAAAAACACCCGCGGGUUCAUCAGAGCAAAAUUGAUGAGGAAAAUAACAAGUUUAAUGAUAUUGUCCAAGGCAAUUUCCUGGAUCACUAUCGCAAUCUCACCUACAAGACCGUCAUGGGCCUGACUUGGGCUACGCGCUUUUGCUCUCGUGCGGCGUUCAUAAUCAAGAUGGAUGAUGACAUAACAGUGAAUUUUUUUCACGUACGACAACUUUUGCAAACCAGGUACGCUAACAUAAAAAACGUUCUAUUAGGAAGAGCUCUAAUUAAGACGAAGCCUUUUAGAAGAAACAGCAAAUGGCAGGUAACGCAAGAGGAAUAUGUUGGUGAUGAAUACCCCACCUAUAUAAACGGAUGGUUCUACAUGAUACCAAUGGAAACUGUUCGGAAACUGGUAGCAAACGCUCACAGAUUUCGAUAUUUUUGGCUUGAAGACGUCUUUGUAACUGGGAUAAUGGCGCAAGACCUGCAAAUAGAACGGCGAAACAUUGACACCAAGAAGUUUGUCACGUGCUUUCGUGGAAAAAGCGCCCACAAGAUAAGGAGUUUCUUGUGA